AGUUUGUGAUAGCCGCCGAGAAGAGACGUACCACAUAUAUUGAACAAGUUACAGGACCACAUCUUGCGGCAACCCUGCUACUCAUCCAAAGCCAUACAUCAUGACCACGCAAACAAUCCCAAGACAUCUUUCACGCCUGCCUCCGGAGCUUUGGGUGAAGAUCGUAGAAGGCCUGCCCCGGGGCGCCGCACGCAGCUGCCUAUUCGUCAACAAGCUCUUCCACGAUGUUGCCCUCCCCACCGUCUUCGCGCGUAUCGCGUUGAGCUUCGGCGCGUUCGAAGCGCAGCAGGCCCCUACGGAAAAGUCGUUGGACGAACCCGCCCUGGCUCGUCUGCGUACCCUGGAGGAGAGCCGAUCGCGUAGGGCGCUGGAGAUCCUUGCGCGCAUAGCGCAAGAUCAGACAUUCGCGGAGCUCGUGAGGACGCUGCAGAUCCAGGCGUGCAAUGCGGACGAGGAUGAGCUUUCGGGUGCAGAGCAGAACGAACGCCUGCUCGCUGCCAUUCCCAACCUUAAGAAUCUCCGCGUCUUCCAGUGGCACUGGUCUCAUCCACCGCCGACCGAGACUAUCGUACAGAGUCUGGCAGACUCGUGCCCACGCUUGAAGCGAUUCGAAGCUCCCCUGUUUUUGCUUGAACAUUUGCCCGUGCACUUGCUGAGAAGUGUGGAGUGUAUCCGCGCUACAAUAAGUGAAGACGACGGCGUAAGCCUAACCUUCCGCAACGAGGAUCCGGGGGUACCGUUGGAGUCUCUCUUGGAGAAGAUGCAGCGCCCCCUCCCAAGCCCGAACGGUGGCGAGGCCUGUCUGCUCGACAACAUCACCGACCUGGAGCUGCUGUUCCAGAACGAAUACGCGCCGCGGGACCUCAGAGGCAUAUUGAGCAAGGUUCCGCAUCUCAACUCGCUCACCAUGGUGCCAUUGCAAGACGUGGAGGACGAGCAGCAAGAGGAAAUGUACGGUGCCUUGCAGGCGCUCCCGCCGAAUCUGCCGUCCUUCGACUCGUUCGCGAUCGGGCCUGUAGAGGAGAUCAUGACGCCGACGCAGUUCGACGCCCUGUGCAGCUUCCUCAGAGGCAGGCCCCAGCUUCGCGCGUUUGUAACGAAGUGCUCUCUCAUCGAUGCAGACGUGGAGCCGCUGUUUGAGGCUCUGGGGACGCUGCAAAACCUCCAGUUGCUUGGCCUGUACUUCGAGUGCACAGGCCUGCCGACAAAGGAAUGGCUUGACCAUCUUCUAGUCCACGUUCCCGCCAGUCUGACUGCCCUUGCCCUGGACUUGGACCAUGGCUUCGCCAACAAAGACACAUUCACAGAGUUGUGGUCCCGGCUGCCCGCGCUCGAGUUCGUGUACGUCAACGUGCACGGCGCGACCGUCCUGACGCCGAACCAGUUCAUCCGCGGCGCGCGCAACCUGCGCCUCGUGUGCUUCCAGGACCGCUUCUAUGACGUGGAGAGACACGGCGACGAGCUGCGUGUGGUGAUGCCGCCGUGGCCGUCGCGCAAGGUGCGCUUCCGGACGGCGGAGGACUUUGGGUGUGCGGAUUGGGAGUGGUUGAUGAGGCACUAUUCAUUUUUCGACUACAUGCCGGCGAACUACUGAAACACUGAUGACACGGGCUCAUGUUUCUCUUUUCACGUAACUUACAUUGAGUUACACUCAGUAUGCGGGAUCCCACCACAAGAUG